AUCACAUUUCACCAUCCUCACCGGAAUCAUUUAUCGCCGCCAUUUUACUUUUACCCCAAAAAUGCCAUGGAGCUGUUCGACGGCGACCGGCUGCUCCACGACGAGGGCAUCAUCCCCGACCGAUUGGCUCCCUUCCCGGAGCUGCUCUGCCACCACCAGGUGCUAGCUCCGGCCGCGGCGGUCAUUCACUGCCCUGACGAGACGGACAUAAACAUAAACCCCCUCUGCUGCCACAACCUCCCUCCGCAGAAGCUCCGGCCUAUCAGGUGCACCGUUCGGUCUCCGCCCGACGCUGAAGGGCCGAUUGCAGGAAUAGGAGCUCUCUCGGGCUAUCAGAGCACGGAUGUCAGAUUCUUCGACGGUCCGAUUGAGUUUGGGUCGGGACUGGGCGAGGGGAGCGGGAGCGGGAAGCCGCAGCCGAGCUACGAGGGUCGGGUUGUGGAUGAUGAGUCAACUCAGUCAACUUCUUCUGCGUCGGAUGGUGGUGGUGAUUCAUCGCCAGACAUCAGAGAACCCGAGAACAGAAAGAGGAAGAAGAGAAGAACAGAGAGGAAGCUGCAGCCUUUGAUCGAAACCAUGGUGAUGAAGGUGAUGGAGAGGCAAGAGCAGAUGCACCAGCAACUGAUAGAGAUGAUUGAGAAGGGGGAAAGGGAGAGGAUAAGCCGAGAAGAAGCGUGGCAGCAUCAGGAAAUGGAGAGGAUGAAGAGAGAAGAAGAGCUGAGAGCUCGUGAGACAUCUCGAAGCCUAGCCCUGAUUUCUCUCAUUCAGAAGAUGUUGGGCCAAGACAUUCCCCAACCGAGCCCACUCAACAUUUUCCGCCCGGAAGAGAGGCAAGGUGAAACUCACCCUAACAAGGAUGUUAACUGCGGGGAUUCAGUCAAUAAGAGGUGGCCCGAGGAUGAAGUUCAAGCGCUCAUAUCCUUCCGGACUGCCGUGGCCCAUAGGUUCAACGCUUCGGGAUCCAAAGGCUCGGUCUGGGAGGAGAUAUCCAUCGGCAUGUCGAAUGUGGGAUACAAGAGGAGUGCAAAGAAGUGCAAGGAGAAAUGGGAGAACAUGAAAAAGUACUUCAAGAAAUCGAUGGGGAAAGGGAAGAAGCGGCCAGAGAAUAGCAAGGCUUGCCCGUACUUCCAGGAACUCGACAUCUUGUACGGGCGAGGAAUUGUGAACUCGGGACACAUUCCUGAUAUUACAAACCAUGAAGGAGAACACAAGAUCACUGGCGCUCAAGAAGUUCAAAGCAGCAUCAAUGACAGCAUGAACAAUCUCAAAGAUGGCCAUGCUGACUCACUCUAGCAUUUAGAAUCGGGAUUUUCUCAUCUUGCCGGAGCUGCCUUGUUCCUUUGUUUCAGGGUAUCUACUUCUUGAGGUCUGGUUCAUGUUAAUAAGUAGACAGGUUCAGAUCCCUUUAUUUGUUUUUGUUAGCCGACAGGUUCUGAUCUUUUUACUGGGUAAUAUAACAUCUGCUGGGAACAAGUUCACUCGGUACAUAGCUAAUUCCCCUUUAAAAAAAAAAAGGGGGAAAGAUGAUAUGAAAUGGGCAUUUUGUGUUGACAAAAGAGGAACUAAAUGGAAAGAUGGUAUU